AAAUAUGACACCUUUUCUUUAUUAUCCUUACUCAUUUAUCUAAAGCCAUUUCACCAUUCCUAUAUAGAGCCAUGGAAAUUGAAAACAAAAUAAUGUUAGAAAUGGGAAGGAAUAUUUCCAUGAGGUUUGAGAGGUUGGCGGCGGCUUUUGAGAGUGAUGAGGUGAAGCGUGUGAGGUUAUGCGAAAGCAGUGGAAGCGAGCACUCAACUGAUUUGUCAGAUCUUGUGAAAUCGUUUAUGGAGAAGAAUUCUGUGAAAGAAGAUUCGGUUGUUCAUGAGAAUGAUGAUGGUGAAUUUGAGUGGUAUGAUUAUUCCGAGAAAAAGAAGAUACUGCAAGAGAUUUUUGGGGAUGAUGAUGAUGAUAAUGUGAAAGAAAAGAUUAGAAGAGAGGUUGAAGUUGCAAUUCAGCUUGUUGCUGAAGAUAAAGCUGAAGAUAAAUCUUCGCGGGGAUUCAAACGCCUCGUCAUGUCACGUUUGCGGGAGAGUGGUUUUGAUGCUGGUCUUUGCAAAACAAGGUGGGAAAGGAAUAGAAAAUUUCCAUCCGGUGACUACGAGUACAUUGAUGUGAAUUUUGCUGGAAAUAGAUACAUAGUUGAAAUAUCUCUUAUGGCUGAAUUCGAAAUAGCUCGUCCUAUCGAUCAAUAUGCUUCUUUACUUGAUGUAUUUCCUUUUGUAUUUGUUGGGAAAGUGGAAGAGCUGAAAAAGGUUGUGAGGUUGAUGUGCACUGCUAUUAAGGACUCGAUGAAGACCAUGGAAAUGCAUACACCUCCAUGGAGAAGAAAUAGUUAUAUGCAAGCUAAGUGGUUUAACCCUUACAAGAGAACCACUAAUGAGGUUGCUGCAACAAGAAAAUCCAUUGGAUUUGAAGCAUACAAUUGCAGGGAAAAUUUUGGGAGGAAAAGUGCUUUCAAAUAUGGAAAUUUGACUGCAUCAUUUAAUGUAGAUGGCAUUGGGAUGCAAUUAUAGUCAUGUUGAAGAAGAGUGUACAUAAAAGUUUUUUCCCUGUUGAUUGUGUCCUACCCCUUAGCAUAAGGCACAGAGUGCUUCAGCACAUUUUUUCUUGUGAGUUGUGUAAUGGGGUGAUUUUGCCUUUUGGGUUGGGAUGACUUGGGUAAUGAAUAUUACUACUACCUUUGUCCAUUGUUAUAAGAAAAAUUUUGGCACAUUUUUGGGUCUUUAUCAUAAGGAAAAGAAGUACAUUAUAAGAUAUA